AUGGCAGAUCCUUCUAACAAAACCUUCAAAGAUGUCAUUAGACAUUUCUCUCCGGCAUGGUUCACUGUGAACAUGAGCACUGGGAUCCUCAGCAUCCUCUUCCACGACUUUCCCUAUGGAUCGGGAUCCCCGGGAAUGAGGAUCGCCACCCUCGUGUUUUUCUUCAUCAAUUUCUGUCUAUAUAUCCUCUUCACCGUUAUUUCCGUCGUUCGUUUCAUCAUGUUCCCGGAACUAUGGGGCAUCCUGUGUCGGCAUCCCGUCGAGAGGCUCUUCAUCUGUGCUUUCCCGACAGGCGCGAUCACUCUCCUCGCUAUUGCGGUCAGUCUUAUUCAUGAGGACUAUAGUUUUGGUGACAAGCCAUUUCUGUUCUUUUCUGUGUUUUUUUGGAUGAUAGCGCAUAAACAUCCCACAAUGCAGACGAUGACAUCGGCUUGGCUACUGCCAGUCAUAAGUCUGAUUGUCACAUCCUCAGGCGGCGCCGUUUUAUCCUCCUCGCUAUACAACUACUCCCUUAACCACGCGCUAAUCACCGCCACGUUUUCCGUAUUCAUGGUAUCUAUUGGUCUUUCGGUCAAUUUGAUGAUUUUAACAGUAUACCUCCUCCGCCUCAUUGUCCGUGGCCUCCCGUCAGGUACUGGUGUAUACUCCGUAUUCCUCCCUCUCGGACCGACAGGUCGGGCAGGAUACACCAUCCUUCUCCUGGGACAUUUCUUCCGAACCGUGCUCCCGCUCCCGUACGGGUCCUCCGAACUCUUGACUGCUGGAACGACGGGCGAAUCGGUAAACGUCCUGUGCACCACCGCCGCCGUCGCCCUGUGGUCGCUCGAAUCCAUGUGGCUCUUCUUCGCAAUCCUCGGUAUGUAUACCGUCCUCCGCCAAACCCGCGUUCCCUUCAAAUUGGAAAUAUGGGGCAUCAUUUUCCCGAACGGCGUGUACGCUAACCUUACUCUGAGCCUUGCGAAAAGUUUGGACUCUCCGUUCUUUCGGGUCUGGGGAGCGGUGUAUGCGGUCGCGACUUUAGUCAUGUGGUGCUUAGUAGCUUCACGUACGCUAACACUGGUGUACAGUAAACAGAUCUUUGAGGCUCCAAGUUUGGUCAUGGUGGUGGAAGGGAAGAAUGAAUCAGAGCCGGAAUCGGAGCGAACGUAUAUUGAUGCUGCAACGUCCACGUCGCCGUUGCCUCAUUUUCUUCGGUCAGAAACGUUGACUCUUGAGGAUGAGGUGGAUUUCUGA